UCCGCCCCGCCGCGGGAGGAGGAUGGGGCGGCGCGGUCGCCCCGCGCGGAGUUGCUGCCCCAUGGCGGAGGAUGUUGAUCUGAAAGCAUGUCAGGAAGCUUUGGAUGACUGCUGUCCACACCGAGGAGAUGAUCAGCUGGAACUGCAAGAGGAGGAGGAGAAAGACAUAAAUCAAAGCAACCGCAACCAUGUAGAUUCCCUUCUCUCCCUCGAGGGCUAUUUACAGCUUCUGUCAUCGCAGAUGGAAAACAUGCUAGAGGUGAGCUUACUGGAAGAUACACAAGUUGCUACUUCUAGUAGAGGUCAAAACCCAUCAUCCUUACACCACAGUAUAAAUUUGACCCAGACACUUCACGACUAUUUCAGUCCUCCUGAUGCCAUGCUACUAAAAACAGACUACCCCACUCAAUCAAAUUCAAAACCAAGACAUUUACAAAGGCAAGAGUCUUUUCCUCAGUCAAGUUCUAAUAUCACAAAUCCAGAAUCACUACUUCAUGGGCCAAAUUUGACAGGGCUGGUUUCAGCGGUUGACCUUAGAAACCUAACAGCCCAUGAUGAUAAUUUUGAUGAAAUUAAACUCACGUCUUUGGCUUUGGAUGAAGACUUUGGUCCUAUAGAAAUUUCUCAGAUCUUUGAAGAGUCUGGCUCAGAUUUGGGACUAUCUUUGAAUUCAAGUCACAGUACCACCUCUUAUUCAGUCUGCUGUGAAGAUGCUGUUGGGUACAGCAGGGGUGUUAAAUCUGCUCCUUCACAUGGCAUAGGAGCUGUUGAUGGCCAUUGCCAAGAAAACACUAAAUAUGACCAUGUGGAAUAUCCAGGUGAUGCAGAGUGUCCUAGAGAAGCCACACUUCAGCAGUUUCUUCAUAACCACACUUAUAAUCAGCUGCCAAGUCAAGGAGCAUCUGCUCCAGAGCAUCAACAGUCAUGGAUGAAGAAAUCGAACGAUAUAAAGGAUAGGUGCCAUAAUUCUACUGAUACAAACCAUAGUAGUGAUGAAUGCUCUGCAAAAGCUCUGAAAAUACCGUUUUCAGUCGAUGAAGUUGUGAGCAUGCCCAUCGACUCUUUCAACACCAUGCUAGCAAAGAACCAGCUGACAGACACUCAGGUAUCACUUCUACGUGACAUCAGACGAAGAGGAAAAAACAAGGUAGCUGCCCAAAAUUGCCGUAAACGCAAACUAAAUGCAAUUCUUGACUUGGAAGAAGAUGUGUGUAAUCUUCAAACGCAAAAGGAGAGCCUUAGAAAGGAGCACUCUCAGUGUAGCCGAUCAAUCAGCCAGAUAAAGCAAAAAUUAAAUAACUUGUACUGUGACAUUUUCAGUAGACUGAGGGAUGACCAGGGUAGACCUGUUAACCCACACCAAUAUGUCAUUCACUGCAGUAAUAAUGGUAGUGCUUUCAUAAUACCCAAACACUUGGUCAAAUCUGAACAGAAACAAGAUACUGCAAAAGCGCAGAAACAAAGAUAAAAUGGCUGAAGAUCAACUAGGUUUUAUUUUGCAUGGAAGAACAGGGAGACUUGUGUGAAAACUGGAGGUCAGUGAUUACAGUAGUUCAAACAGAAACAACUACACUUGAGGAGAAACACUUCAUAUUCAAAGGUCUGUCAAACUCACCUGACUGGGAUCUGUUAG